GGUAUGAUACACUUCACACGCAUGCGCGUUCCUUCUCUUGCGUUGGAGGCUCAUUUGAAAACAUUAGCCGUGACUAGCAAUGUUUGUUUUGGUUAGCAAGCAACUCGACUAAAGUGAACAUACGUUUCUGGAUAAUACAGUGAUAUAAACCCAUCAUUAUACUCGAGGAACAACAGUCAUCAUUCAUGGAGAACCACAGCGUGGAUGACGACAACUCCAGCAUCCGGUCAUCCUCCCCGGCGAACUCUCCUGUCAUGGACCGUAACCCCUCACCACCCCCGGACAGAGAGGGGGAGCAGGGCGGGGAAAAAGUGGAUGCUAUAGGGGAGACAGUUUAUAGCAAACACUGGCUGUUCAGCACCUUGACCCGUCUGAUUCAGAUUGUGUCGGAGCAGAACACGGGAGACUCUGAUGUCCAGAUGCAGCUACCUGAGGAAGAUGAGGAUGAGCUGUGUAAGAUCUGGGACAUGGCCAUGGAUAAGGAUGUGGCUGGUUUCUUACAGGAGUUCAAAGCUGCAGAUAUCCUCCUGGGAGUGAUCGCUAAGUCUCGAUGCCCUCGUCUCACUGAGAUAUGUGUGGGGAUCCUGGGUAACAUAGCCUGCUUCCCUGACACUUGUCUGACCCUCAGCCAGAACAACGACCUAGGGGUGGUGCUGUUGCUCCUUCUUGGAGACACUGAUCCCCCUACACUGCUGGAGACAUGCAGACUGCUGCUGACCUGUGUGUCCCAGAACGAUGUGUCUUCUCUGUGGCUAGAGAGAGUACGGCAGCACACAUCUGUGUGUUCCAGCCUCUGCUUCAUCAUGUGCAGCUCCACCAACAUGGACCUGCUGGUGAAGGUGGGGGAGCUGGUUGACAAGCUGUUUGACUUGGAUGAAGAGUUGAUGAAGACCUGGGUCACAGCUGGAUCUCAGCCCAGUGAUGAAGACAAGGAAGAGGAGGAGGAGGGGGAGAGGCGUCUGGACGUGGCCUCCUCGCUCCUCGAGGCUGCCAAGCAGCUAAGGUCAGAGAGUCCAGAGGGUUUAGAGGUGUACCUGCAUGCCCUCCAGCUCCUCACCACUAUCCAUCAUGGGAUUCAGACACUGGCUGUUGCAGGUGGGACAGGCCAGGCUCUAUGGACCUUCCUGUGUGAGGUAGUGUGUGAGGACCUGUGUCAGCCAGACGACCCUCCGUUAGUACUACAGGAACAGAAGAGCUUACUGGUCCAUGCGCUGGCUGUUCUGUCAGUCCUGUAUGCGUGUCAGGACCGGGAAGCAGAGCACAGCAAAGCAGACACACUGUUGCCUCUAGUUGGGAGCAUGUUGAGGGUACUGCAGUACCAUAGAGAGUACCAGGUCAGUUCAGGACACGGACAGAAGGAGAAGAAGGAUGGACAGGAGGAGGAGGAGAAGGUGGAUGAGCAGCUCCAGGCUCUGAUCCAGACCACGGCUGAGUUCCUCUCUGACAUCAUCACUGACCUCGCCAAGGAUGCGGUGUCCGAGUUGGUGACGAGAGGUUACCUGACAGAAAAGACAUGUCUGUCAGCAGUAGGCUCUAUGCUCCCCCACUUCAGCCCUGCCGUACAACACCUGGUCUUCAUGUUGUCGGAGGCUGAUCCCCAGCUGGCAGACACAGUGAGAAAGGAAUUUCCUGUCUCCCUCAGCCCAAGCUGAUCCACUUGCCCUCUUCCUUCUCUAGACUAAGGUAUUCACAGUGGAUACUGUUAUAGCCAUGGAAUACCACACUGCGCAUACAUAGAGGUUGCAUACUAAUGACAAUACACUUGGACUGUGAAAAAACAUGAAAUAGUGUCCACUGUUUUUUUUGUUUUUAGAUCAUGGUCUAUAAAAAUGGAAAGUCUUACUCCAGGAAAUAAACAGAAUUGUCUGUUUAACUUGUUUAAAAUAAAAUGGUAUUCUUAUUUGAUAUCAUGUUUUAAACGAGCAUAAUCUCCUAUGCGGCUUAAAAGGAUCAUUACAUUGUAUGUUCCAAUGUGGGCCUACUGUAUUAUUCAUUGUUGGGUUGCAAAAUGAUGCUACCUUUCCCCACGUUGCCGGGUUUUUCAGAAAUCCUGGUUUGAGGCUCUGAAUUUCCUGCUUAAUUCCAGGAAACCUCCAACCGGUAUUUCUGGGAAAACAUGGUGAUUUUGGGAAAGUUAUCACCAUUUUGCAACCCUAAUUCAGUCAUGUUUCUGUCAGUCUGUUGACAAGGAGAGCUUUUUCCAGCUCAUAACAGAUAAUUAAAUGGACUUAUUUACCCAGUCAACUUGUUGCUGUUUUUAAUAAAGAGAUUAAAUAUUCCCUUGAA